ACUCCAUUAGAGAUGAUCGUCUAUUUGGACGAAGAGUCUCGACAUGUUUACGGACUUUUAGUCAGUUUUCUGAAAGUGACCGCGGUCAAUGCCAAUAAUAAUACUCAGGAAGAAGUGAUUAUUUUGAAUGGGUGUUCAAUAGACCCGUACAUAUUUGGCAACUUUGAGACACUGGACGGCGGGGACUCUCUGUCGGCAAAGUUCAGAGCAUUUAAGUUUCCCGAAUCUAAUUACGUUAAGUUUGUGGGAACUGUCAAUGUCUGCAUCAAUGAAUGCAAAGGA